AUGGCAGACGACGUGAUCAAUAGUCUAGAGAACAUGAAACUUACAACGGAGGAGGAAGAAGUUAUUGUGGUAAAAGAUGAAGAACGGAAGGAGGAGAUUGAAAGCUGUGUGCAGAGUCUUCUUGGGAAAUUUCUUACGUGCAAACCCUUCAAUAAGAGGGCGGUCCAUAACACUCUCAAGAAGGCGUGGGGUCUACAUGAUGGAGUCAAGAUUGUGAAAGUUGGACAAAAUCUUUUCCAAUUCAAAUUUCAAACGGAAUUUGAUAUGGAGAGGGUGCUCAAUGGGGGUCCUUGGUCUUUUGAUAACCAAGCCCUGUUGUUACGCAGAUGGCAAAGAGGUAUGACGGACAAGAAUGUGAAAUUUGAGACUGUCUCAUUAUGGGUCCAAAUUUGGGGGGCCCCAUUUGAUAUGGUUUCUCCCAAGGUGGCGGUGGAAGUGGGAAGGCGAUUAGGGGUUGUGGAGGAGGUUGAGAAGAGGCAAAAACAAGAGCAUCAAAACCUCUUCAUGAGGGUCAAGGUUGCGCUUCCAAUCGCGAAACCAAUCCGGAGAGGUGGAUUCAUUGCAGGUUCGGAGGGUGGUCGCACUUGGGUUACCUAUAGAUAUGAACGGCUUCUGGUGCUUUGUCACUACUGCAGCUUGUUAGGACAUGAUGUCCGCCAUUGUGCUGGCUUCUUUGCGGCAUCUAAGAGUGGGGGCGAAGUGGUCUGUCAAUAUGGAGAGUGGCUGAAAUCUUUGGGGGCUCGUUCAUGGCAGCCAGACAGGGGUGGACAGAGCCGGCCAAAUCAAGGUGCUGAAGCGGCAGAGGAGGUGGCUGGCCGAAGUGGGAAAGAAGGAAGCACAACAGCAGCAAAGAUAGACGUUUCAGCAGCAAUUAAUGCCCAUGAUUUAGGAAAUAAUGAGGGCACCAAAAAUUCAGCAACUGGUCCAGAUAUUGGGGGAGUUAAUGCAGGCGUGAUGGAGAGGAAUGAGGGGGUUACGAAUUUUAUGGCUUCAACGUGCAUGGCUAUUAAUUCGGUGGGUCCAAGUAAGGCUGAAAUGAGUGAAGUAGAGCAGUCCAAUGUGGAAUCGGUGGCUGGUUCAGUUCAUAAUGGGCCUUUAAAGCCUAGGCCUAAGUGGAAUAGGCUUACACGCAUGGAGUACGGGCCUGGGGUGGAAAAUAAGGGUGAUUUAACCACUUCACUGGGGAAAAGAAGUGCUUCGACGAUCUGGGAGGAGGAAAACGCAGAAAGUUUGGAGGUUCAGGGAUCAAAGCGUGGGAAAGUACAAGAUGUGUUAGAUGACUUUUUUGUGGCAGGGGUGUCGAAACACCCUUGCCAGCCACAAUGA